GGGGACCGGCAGUGCGCGCAGGCGCAGCGCGGGGCGGGGCGCGCGGGCCAGGCCGAGGCGAGCGCCGGGCGGGCGGCGGCGGCGGCGCCGGGGCGAGUGGAGCGCACAGGGGUCCCGAGUGGCGGCGGCGGCGGCGGCGGCGUAGAGGAAGAAGGCGGCGGCGGCGGCCCCGGCCCCGGCGCCCUCCCGGCCGGCGCGCGGCCCGGCCCGUCCCGCGCCCCCGCCGCGGCCCCGCGGCCCAGCGCGUCCCCAACCCCGGGCCCCGCCGCCGCCGCCGCCGCCAUGGCCCGGCCGCUGGUGCCCAGCUCGCAGAAGGCGCUGCUGCUCGAGCUCAAGGGGCUGCAGGAGGAGCCGGUGGAGGGCUUCCGGGUGACCCUAGUGGACGAGGGCGACCUGUACAACUGGGAGGUGGCCAUCUUCGGGCCCCCCAACACCUACUACGAGGGCGGCUACUUCAAGGCACGCCUCAAGUUCCCCAUCGACUAUCCGUACUCCCCACCGGCCUUCCGAUUCCUGACCAAGAUGUGGCACCCCAACAUCUACGAGACAGGGGACGUGUGCAUCUCCAUCCUCCACCCCCCGGUCGAUGACCCCCAGAGCGGGGAGUUGCCCUCAGAGCGGUGGAACCCCACCCAGAAUGUCAGGACCAUCCUGCUGAGUGUCAUCUCGCUCCUCAACGAACCUAACACCUUCUCACCGGCCAACGUGGACGCCUCCGUGAUGUACAGGAAGUGGAAAGAGAGCAAAGGCAAGGACCGGGAGUACACGGACAUCAUCAGGAAGCAGGUCCUGGGGACCAAGGUGGACGCGGAGCGGGAUGGCGUGAAGGUGCCUACCACGCUGGCCGAGUACUGUGUGAAGACCAAGGCCCCGGCGCCCGAUGAGGGCUCGGACCUCUUCUAUGAUGACUACUACGAGGAUGGGGAGCCUGAGGCCGAGGCCGACAGCUGCUUCGGGGACGACGAAGACGACUCUGGCAACGAGGAGUCCUGACACCACGACCCCGAGAAUAAACUUACAGAUUUUACCUCAGCAGGCCCGGGCUGUGUGGCGCCGAGACUGCCUCGCGGGAGGGGUGCCGCCUGGCCCCUUGGGUGGUCUGCUCUCGGGGGUCGCCCAGUCUCCCACGUGUGUCCUGGGUCCUCUGCUUCCCAGGGGAGGGCCGCCUGCCAGGUUUGGGACAGCCUGGGCGGCGGGGGCCUGAGGAACCUGGACCCCCCACCCGUCCGCAGCUCCUGCUGGCCGGGGCCAGAGCCGUGGGCUCCCAGCUUGUGCGUGGACGGGUUCACCUGUGGUAACUCCUCUGCUCUGGUUUGUUUGGAAUCUGAAUAAAACGACUUUAUGAGAAGCUA